AAACAUCAGUUGGUUUCCCGCCUCUUCAAACCAUUAUUCUAUUCCACAAAACAAAUGCUCGUCCAAUGUUUCAUCACCCAAACCUCGUCACCGGACCACCCCGAAUGUCCAUUGCCGUCCCCGUCCGAGCCCCGAGAUGGGUCUCUCGCCGGAGAAUUUUCGAGCAGCACCUCGCAGACCUCCAUAAAUGCAAGAACUUGGUCCACAUUAAGCAAGUCUUCGCCCAGAUUCUUAAGUCAGACCUUCACUCUGACCUCCAAGUGGCCGCGAAGCUGGUCUCCGCCUUCUCCCUGUGCCACCAGAUGGGAUUGGCCAUUAAGGUCUUCGACCUAAUUGAAGAACCCAACACCCAUCUGUACAAUACUCUCAUAGGAGCUCAUGUGCGCAACUCUCAGGCCUCGCAGGCUUUUGCUACCUUCUUGAGGAUGCAAAGCAGUGGCCUUCCUGCUGAUAAUUUCACGUACCCUUUUCUUUUGAAGGCGUGUUCUGGGAAAUCUUGUCUGCCCUUGGUUCAAACGAUUCACUCCCAAGUGGAAAAGUUUGGAUUCCGUGCGGAUAUAUUCGUACCCAAUUCGCUCAUUGACACUUAUUAUAGGUGCGGGCCUUUGGGUGUUUUUGGGGCAAGGAAGUUAUUCUCGAUGAUGGUGGUGCGGGAUACAGUUUCUUGGAAUACAAUGAUCAGUGGACUAGUGAAAGUGGGGGAGCUCAAUGAAGCUCGUCGCCUGUUUGACGAAAUGCCCGUGAAAGAUGCAAUUAGUUGGAAUACUAUUUUGGAUGGGCAUGUGAAGGCGGGAGACAUGAAUGCUGCGUUUGAGCUGUUUGAGAAAAUGCCCGAGAGGAAUGUCGUCUCCUGGUCCACCAUGGUCUCGGGUUACUGUAAGGUUGGAGAGUUGGACAUGGCAAGAAUGAUGUUUGAUAACAUGCCGGUGAAAAGCGUGGUCCCGUGGACAAUAAUGAUUUCUGGGUAUGCUCAGAAAGGGCUCGCCAAGGAGGCAAUCAUGUUAUAUGAUCAAAUGGAGGAGGCUGGGUUGAUCAUUGAUCAUGGAACAGUCAUUAGCAUUUUAGCUGCCUGUGCAGAGUCGGGUUUGCUUGGGCUGGGAAUGAAAGUUCAUACUUCUGUCCAGAGGACUGGGUUAACGUGUAAUACUUUGGUGUUGAAUGCAUUAAUCGACAUGUAUGCAAAGUGUGGGAGCUUAGAUAAGGCUCUUAGCAUCUUCGGUGGGAUGCCCGAGAAAGAUGUUGUCUCUUGGAAUAUAAUGAUCCAAGGGCUUGCAGUCCACAGGCAUGCUGAGAAAGCACUUGAGCUUUACGAUAGAAUGAAGCAGGAAAAGUUUGAGCCAGAUGGAGUUACCUUCAUUGGGGUCUUGUGUGCUUGUACCCAUGCUGGUUUUAUCGAUCAGGGCCUAGAUCACUUUCUCGAGAUGGGAAGAGAUUUUGGGAUUGUUCCACAAAUUGAGCAUUAUGGUUGCGUAGUUGACCUUUUGGGUCGCGGUGGUCGUCUAAAGGAAGCCUUUGGUCUCAUCCAGAGCAUGCCAGUGGAACCAAAUGCUGUUAUAUGGGGCACCCUUUUAGGGGCCUGCCGAGUUCAUAAUGAUUCUGAAAUGGCAGCGGAAGUUCUUGAUCGUCUCGUUAAGUUGGAGAAAUCCGACUCGGGCAAUUUCUCAACACUGUCGAAUAUCUCCUCUGCAGCAGGAGAUUGGGAUGGUGCUGCCAGUGCGAGGUUCCAAAUGAGGAGUUCAGGUAUCAAGAAACCUCCGGGCGCUAGUUCUAUCGAUGUAGAUGAUGAGAUCCAUGAAUUCACGGCAUUUGACACGUCACAUACUGAAUCAGAUGGUAUAUAUCAGGUGGUUGCUACAUUAAGAAUGGACCUUGAGGAAGUUCGGUAAGGUCUAGGAAAAAGAAUCAACAAAAAAAGGUCUGCAUAUAACAGGUUGUUGUACAGUUGAUUUAUACUUAGGAACCUGUGAGUGAGGACUCAGGAAUUGCUCCUAGUCUCAAACUCGGGUUAGAUGAUCGUGUGGGAUUGAAUAUCUACUGCAUGCUGAAAUAUCGAAAGAGCAUCAUAUUCUCUGUUAACAUAUGUGGAUUUGAGCUUAUGCGACUGCUCCACUUGAAUUGCUUUUUAAUUGUGAUCAGGAAAGUGCUCUUCUCUCCGUCUCUGCCUCCUCUCCUGCUCAUUGAUUGAGAGUGGAAUGUUCCUUUUUGAUUGAUUUGCGGCUAACUGCAUAGAAAUUAAAUAAUUGGGUUGACCAUCA